CCCAAGUCUCUGUGUAUCUUUUCUUGGUGAUUCUCUCUCUCUUUGUUUCCUCACAACACAAGGGAGAGAUCAAACUGAUCAUGUACCAUCUCCCCAAUUCUUCUCUAGUCUUGUUCAUCCUCUUCUCCUUAUUUUUCCCUUUUCCUUGUGAUUCAAGUAAACAUGAACAUGAGUCAUGCGAAACUGUUCAGUUUCAGUGUGGGAACAUUACCGCCGGUUUCCCUUUCUGGGGAGGGGAUCGUCACAAACAUUGCGGUCAUCCAUUGCUAGAGCUUCACUGCUAUUAUAACAACACCACUUCUUUUCUCAUCUCAGACCAUCUGUACCAUGUUCUCCAUAUAAAUCAAACAUCCUACACUCUUAGACUUAUCAAUCCAGACCUGCUGCAAGAGCCUUUUUGCUCCUCUAUAUUUACCAACGAAACCUUGCCUCUAGAUAUUCUCAACCUUUCGCAAAACUACAAGAGCGUUACAUUCUACCGUUCACAACCUCUUUCUCCUCACCGUUCGAGUUAUGCAUGUCCUGAGAUAGGUAAGAUAUUCGUGUCUGAAAACCCUAUCUAUGAUGAGACCUGCCUUUCCACUUUCACCGUGAAGGUUCCUAUGAGUUUCCUUACGAAACAGAAAGAGUUGGAUCUGCAAAUUUUGGAAAGUGUUUUAAGAGAAGGAUUUGAGGUGAAGGUGAAUAUCGAUGAGAAAGCGUGUCAAGAAUGUUCAUCCUCUUCCAUUGAUGCAGGAAUCUCUUCUAAAGCGAAAAUAGGUUCAGGAGUAGGUGUUACUCUGUUUCUGUUCCUGCUCUUAACAACAUUGUUUCUCCAAAUUCUCCGAAAGAGAAAGAGAAAAACAUCACAAGCUCUGGGUCAACAGAACGUCAAGGCACUUAUUACACUUAAGCAGUAUAGCUACGCACAAGUGAAGAGAAUUACAAACUCGUUCGCAGAAGAGGUAGGGAGAGGAGGAUUCGGAACUGUGUACCGAGGAACCCUUUCUGAUGGUUGUAUGGUUGCAGUGAAGGUCUUGAAAGACUCAAAGGGUAAUAAUGGUGAAGACUUUAUAAAUGAAGUUGCAAGCAUGAGUCAAACUUCUCAUGUCAACAUAGUUACCCUUUUAGGAUUCUGCUCUGAAGGUUACAAGAGAGCAAUUAUAUACGAAUUUAUGGAGAAUGGGUCUCUUGAUAAUUUCAUCUCAAGCAAGAAGUCAUCAAAUAUGGAUUGGAGCGAACUGUAUGGGAUUGCGCUAGGCGUUGCUCGUGGUUUGGAGUACUUACACCAUGGCUGCAGAACAAGGAUUGUACAUUUCGACAUUAAACCACAAAAUGUACUAUUGGAUGACAAUCUUUCCCCGAAAGUGUCAGACUUUGGCCUUGCUAAGCUCUGCGAGAGGACGGAAUCCAUAUUGUCACUGCUGGAAGCAAGAGGAACGAUAGGUUACAUUGCACCUGAAGUGUUUUCAAGUGUGUACGGUAGAGUCUCCCACAAGUCAGAUGUUUAUAGCUAUGGAAUGUUGGUUCUUGAGAUAAUUGGAGCAAGGAACAGAACACCAAAUGAAGAGCCUUCGUCAAGCACAAGCUCAAUGUACUUUCCUGAAUGGAUAUAUAAGGAUCUUGAGAAGGGAGACAAUGGAGGGAUUAUGGAGAAUGGAGUCAGCAGCGAAGAAGACAACGAGAUAGCAAAGAAGAUGACAUUGGUAGGUUUGUGGUGUAUUCAGCCUUGGCCAUCAGAUCGUCCAGCGAUGAACAGGGUUGUAGAGAUGAUGGAAGGAAACUUGGAUGCUCUUGAAGUACCUCCUAGACCUGUUUUGCAAUGUUCCGUAGUGCCUCAUUUCGAAUCUUCCUGGAUUUCAGAGGAAAACUCAAUAAUCUCCUCUUAGUCUUAGGUAUGGCCGCAAGCUUUUAGUUUAUGUGUAAAUCUCUGUGGUUGAAUCGUAAAUGUUAUUUGCUUAAAAAACAAUAUAACACAUGUUAUUACUGAACUUGAAAGACCUCAGAUACAUUCUCGGAUAUUAGAUCGAUGACA